AUGCAUCUCACCAAGGCUGUCCUCGGUCUCGCCGCCCUCACCGGGCUCGUGGCUGCCCACCCCGGGCACGAUGUCGCCCAGGAGGCUGCUGAGCGCCGCGCCUACCUGCAGUCGGUCAAGCGCACCUCGCUCGCCCACUGCGCUGACAAGCUCAAGGCCCGCGGCACCGAGGCCCGCAACGUGGCCCGCCGCGGGGCCGCUGUCCAGAAGGCCCGCCAGAAGCGCGCCCUGAAGAAGCGUGACUUCUCCACCGUCCUGAGCACCAGCCACAACGAGACGAGCGCCGGCUACACCGAGAACACGGACCCGGCCACCCUGUUCGCCGGCUACAACUCGUGCCUUCUGACUCCGGAGGUGACUCAGGGACCGUACUACGUCGCCGGCGAGUAUGUCCGCGAGAACCUCGUGGAGACCCAGCCGGGCGUCGACCUGCUGCUCGACUACCAGGUCAUCGACGUGGCGACCUGCGACCCGGUGCCCAACGUCUACGUCGAGAUGUGGCACUGCAACGCCACCGGCGUGUACAGCGGCGUGGUGGCCAACGGCAACGGCAACAGCGCCGACGCGACCAACCUGAACAACACGUUCCUGCGCGGCAUCCAGCAGACCGACUCGGACGGCGUCGCGCAGUUCGAGUCCAUCUUCCCGGGCCACUACGCCGGGCGCGCGGUGCACAUCCACAUCCUGGUGCACACCAACGCGACGCUGCGCGCCGAAAACAACACGCUCGGCUUCGACAACUACGCCAGCCACGUCGGCCAGGCCUUCUUCGACCAGGACCUGAUCACGGCCGUGUCGCAGCUGGCGCCCUACAGCGCCAACACGCAGCCGCUGACCGCCAACGCGGACGACGACAUCAUGGCGCAGGAGGCCGCCGCCGACGGCGUCGACCCCGUGCUCGAGUACACCCUGCUCGGCGACUCCGUCGCCGACGGCCUGUUCGCCUGGAUCGCCUUCGGCAUCAACACCACCCAGUCCUACCUCGUCAGCCCGGCCUCCUACCUGUACGAGUCUGGCGGCGUGGCCAACCCCGACAACAACAUCGGCGGCGGCCCGGGCGGUCCCGGUGGCCCCGGCGGCCCCAGCGGCUUUAGUGGUUUCCCCGGCGGUACGGGCGCGCCGCCCAGCGGUGUUCCCCCCACCGGCAGCGUCUCGGCGCCGGCUGUGCCGGCUGUGACGUCCUCUGCGGCAAGUUCGUCGUCGUAGUCGUCGUUAUCUUCGUCCUCGGCUACUGCGUCGUCAUCCGCUUCGCCUGCGAAGGGUGGGUCAGGGCUCCAAGUCGGGUGGCUCUGGCUCUAAAUCAGGCGAACCGAAUGGGGUGCACUGCGAUUCGCCUGCGUAAGGGAGCGGACGGGCCGAUGGAGGUCCGAGUCAGUCGGUCGGUUCGAAGUGUUGAGCUUUGCAGAUGGGGUUCCGUUAACUGCUUCGAGAGAAAAUGGUUGGGAGGCUUCGCUGUACAUACUCUUUCAAGACCAGCUAGUCGCUCAUUAGCCAUGUCGUUGUAUUGAGAUUCUGUCUUGUCUCCCUCCCCAG